UCAGAUUUCGAUUUGUAUCGAUUCAAGUUUUGAUUGAAAUAAUAAUUUUUGGUUUUUCAAAAACAAACAUAGCAAAAAAAACAAACGAACAAUGAAAUUCAUUUUGAUUACCGUUUUGUUUAUGUUGAGUUUAUUGUUGAUCAGUACCGAAGCCUAUGGUCAUCAUGGUCAUCAUGGACAUAAAUUGAAAAUUAAACAUGUUUGGAAAAAACAUGGCCAUAAACAUGGUGGUUAUGGUCAUCAUGGUUAUGGUAAAAAACAUGUUGGCCAUUCAAAACGUUAUCAUAAACAAAAACAUCAUCAUGGUUAUGGACAUGGACAUGGUCAUUACUGAUGAAUGAAAUUAAUGGAAUCCAUUUGAAAAAAAUCUACUUACAAAAAAAAAAUUUUAACAGAUUUUCAAAAUUUUAUUUA